CUCACUGCCAGCAGCAUGCAGAGGGAAGAAAAGCAGCUGGAGGCCUGCCUAGACGCUCUUAUCGUGCAGAUGUCUAGUAUCAAGAACUCUUUGGUUAGUUUCAUCUACAAACUGGAAAAUGAGUACGAUCGGCUGACAUGGCCAUCAGUCUUAGACAACUUUGCUCUGCUCUCUGGGCAGCUGAACACAUUGAAUAAGGUAUUAAAAAAUGAGAAGACCCCCCUCCUAAAAAACCAAGUAAUCAUCCCACUUCUCCUGUCUCCUGACAGAGAUGAGGAAAUCAUGCGUUUAACAGAAGGCCGGGUACCAGUCUUCAGCCACGAAGUAGUCCCUGAUCACUUAAGGACCAAACCUGAUCCAGACGUGGAAGAAAUUGAGAAACAGCUUAGUGCCGAGGCAGCACGACUUACCCCAGAGGCAGCUCAGAAACAAGUCCAGUGUCUGAAUAAGAUGUGUUCCAACCUACUGGAGAAGAUUAUCAAGGAAGAGAGGGAAUCUGAAAUUGGAAAUUUACGUCAGAACAAGCAGACCUACAACCCCACAGACACAAAUGCUUUGGUGGCGGCAGUAGCAUUCGGAAAAGGGCUCUCAAAUCGCCGCCCUCCUGGGCAAGGUGGACCUAUGGCUUCAGGUCAGGCUGCAGGAGGAAUGCUCCAGGGAUCUGCAGGAAUGGCCCAGGGUCCCAUGACCAUGCAGUCUAACCAGCAGCAGCAUAUGGCAGGAGUGUCUAUGGCACAGGGUAGCCAGCCAGGUAAGAUGCCCAGCAACAUAAAAACCAACAUCAAAUCGGCAUCGAUGCACCCGUAUCAGCGAUGAGUUCCGAAACUGCUAAAAACGAAUCAUUUUCAGGACUCCCUGUGUCUAAAUGGAAGCUGUGCGGUGGAAACCAAAGGGGGACAUCCAACCCUCUGCAUGUGAUCAGAUUCCCAGGAACACCCAGUUUAUGUGAACAUGUAAAAUGUUAAUGUAACAACGGUGGAUCGUAAUGAGUUUGAUUCUUCUUUCUGAGAUUAACCCAGUAAGAUUUUCUUUUGUAUUUUGAACUCUAUACUGUGAGAAUAAUAUGAACCUCCAAGAACAUUCUCUGCAUUUUUUUUGUUUUUUUUUGUUAAGAAUAAUGUACAAACAACAUGUUACGAAUCACAAAAAAACACCAGAAGGUAUGAUGCUGUUAGCAAAGUCAAACAAUGCUCAGUGAAUAAAUAAAUUAUUAUACACUUCAGUAUGAUUUCCUGGGCUGAGUGAAAAUAAAUACUCAUCUGGUCAAAGGUUCCGGUUCUGUAAAUAUCAAGGUACAGUAUAUUUAUUAUGUGUAUUGCAUAACCCCCUUACUCCUGCUGUAUGGCCAUCCACUAUAAGGGUUAUUCACAAAAUGCAGAAUUUCAGCAAAUUAAAUAGAAAUGGCAAAAUUCAGACUAAAAUCGCCCAGCUGUGGCUUUAAGGGUUUUGGAGAAUGUUUCCAAAUCCGCUGUAUUAGCCAGUUUUGCCAUUCAUAUUUAGUUUGAUAUACUUUGGAGUUUAGUAAAUAACUCCGUCAGGUAUUACUUCUCCAGGGUUCAAAGUGAAUUUUAGGAAGGGGGGGCGGGGCCUAACCAUCAAGCCGAGCAGA